AUGAAAUUCUUAAGUGGUUCACCAUUAACAGAUAAAUCACAAACAAUUCUUUUAUCACUUGAAUGGACUGAACGUUUGGAUAAACGACCAAUAGAUCGAACAAGUGAUGAUCUUGAUAUUAUAUUUUCCAAAUUAAAAGAUAUUAAAGCUUUUGAAAAAUUUCAUCCAUUACUUAUUCAACAACUUUGUUAUUAUAGUUAUUUUGAAAAUUUAGAAAAAGGUGUUACACUUUUUCGUACAGGAGAUCUUGGUGCUAAUUGGUUUGCUAUUCUUAGUGGAAAUGUUGAUGUUUGUGUUCCAUCUGAAAAUGGAAAAGGUCAUACACUUAUUUGUAGUCUUGAAGCAGGUGCUGCUUUUGGUGAAUCAAUUUUAUAUGAUACACCUCGGAAUGCUACUAUAAUAACAUCAUCAUCAGUUAUGCUUUUACGAGUUGAACAAAAAGAUUUUAAAAUUUUAUGGGAGCGUAAUAAACAAUAUUUACAUGGAGUCAUAACUAGUCUUAGUCAAUUAACCAAUACAUUAGAUCCAAAACGACGUGCAUCAGAAUUCGAUCCAUCACUCAUACCACAAGUAGCAACUAAUAAACUUCUAAAAGAUGAUCCAACUCGAAAUCCUGCAUUACCCAUAGUACCUAAUACAUCGGUGCGAAUUCAACAUGCGGCCUAUGUAUUACGAACAUGUAUACUUAGUAAAGCACCACAAAUGAUUCGUGAUCGAAAAUAUCAUUUAAAAAUACAUCGAAGUUGUUUAGUUGCUUCUGAAAUGGUCGAUUGGCUUAUUCAUCAAAGUCCUAUUGUUCAUUCACGUAGUCAAGCUGUAGAUAUGUGGCAAGCCUUACUUGAAGAAGGAGCUAUUGCACAUGUUUCUCAAGAACAUUAUUUUAAAGAUAAAUAUUUAUUUUAUCGUUUUUCUGGAGAUGAAGAUCGAACAUUAAUAAGACCAAGCAAUGUCGAACAAAAUCAAUGUGAACAACAAUUAGCUGAUGUUAUAUUAACAUUAGCUCAAGUUGGACCUGAUGCUAUGCUUAGAAUGAUUUUAAGAAAACCACGUCAUCAACGAACAAUAGAUGAUUUAGAAAUAAUUUAUGAUCAAUUAUUACAUGUUAAAGCAUUAUCACAUUUAUCAUCUUUGGUUAAACGUGAAUUAGCAGGUGUACUUAUUUUUGAAGCACAUCCAUUUAAAGGAAAAGUUUUAUUUACACAAGGUGAUCAAGGAAAAUUUUGGUAUAUUAUAUUAAAAGGUUCAGUUCAAUGUAUUGUUUAUGGUAAAGGUAUUGUAGAAACAUUUCAUCAAGGUGAUGACUUUGGAAAAUUAAGUUUAGUUAAUAAUUCACCAAGAAUAGCAACAAUUGUUUUAAAUGAAGAUAAUACACAUUUUCUUCGUGUUGAUAAAGAUGAUUUUAAUCGUAUACUUCGAGAUGUUGAAGCAAAUACAGUUAAAUUAAGAGAAUUUGGAAAAGAUGUACUUUUACUUGAAAAAGUUCCCAUUAAUGUUAAAACAGCUCAUGGAACAUAUCAAGUUUGUUACAAAUAUUUUGUUAUGUCUGGUAUAGUUGAAAAAAUGCUUGAAUAUUUUCUUGAAACAUAUUUAUGUGUAAAUUAUGAAGAAGGUGAUACAAGUCUUGAUGAUUUUCUUUCAACAUAUGUUAUUUUUAUGCCAAUAUAUCAAAUAUGUACAAGAUUACUUUCAAUUUAUAAAGCUAAACCACAACAACGUUUUGGUGAAAAUAUUGGUUUAGCUUUACAAGAAAAAGUUAAAGUAAUAAGAUUUAUACUUGAAUGGUAUGAUGCUUCAAGAGAAACAUUUUUUGAAGAUCCAAAAAUAAAUAUUUUUCUUGAUGAAUUAUAUGAUUUAAUUCUUGUGGAUAUGAAAAUUUAUCCACAAUUAAAAGAAGAAAUUACAUUAAUUAAAUCUAUUAUUGAAAAUGAUACAGAAUAUAAAGAUAUCCAUCUAAGAAAAUUACCAUGGAAACAACGAAAUAAUAUUGAUAAACCAAAUAUUAUUCGACAAUCGGAUGAAGUUAUUUUUAAAGUUUAUUGUGCUGAUCAUACAUAUACAACAAUGAAAAUGAGAGUUGAUACUCCAGCUGCAAAAAUAAUAAGAGUUGCAGCAGAUAAAUUAGGUUUACGUUCUGAUCAACCAGAUGAUUUAAAACUAUGUGAAGUUAAAUCUACUGGAGAACGAAUUCUAUAUAAAGAAACUGAUUUAAGUAUUUCUUAUGGAUUGUCAUUAAAUGGACGACUUUUUUUGGCACCCAGUGAUCAUCUUGAUGCUUUGGUACCUUUACCUGAACAAUCAAGUUUCUCAAGAGGUACAUGGCAAAAAUUAGAAAUGUUUGGUUCAAAAGAACUAGCCUAUGCAAUAACAAUGCAUGAUUAUCAAUUAUUUAUGGCUAUAAAUCAAUAUGAACUUCUAUAUCAAGUAUUUGGUCGAUAUAAAUUUGGAAAAAUCACAGCUAAUUUAGAUAGAUUUAUGAGAAGAUUUAAUGAAAUACAAUAUUGGGUUGUUACAGAAAUAUGUUUAACACCAACUUCUGGUAAACGUGUUCAACUUUUAAGAAAAUUUAUUAAAAUAGCAUCUUAUUGUAAAGAAUUUCGAAAUUUAAAUGCAUUUUUUGCUAUUAUGAUGGGUUUAAGUAACAUAGCUGUUAGCCGAUUAUCUCUUACUUGGGAAAGAUUACCAAAUAAAAUAAAACGUAUGUUUUCAGAAUUUGAAACUUUAAUGGAUCCAUCGCGAAAUCAUCGAAUUUAUCGUUCAACAUUAACUAAAUUAACACCACCGAUUAUACUUUUUAUGCCACUUUUAAUUAAAGAUUUAACUUUUAUUCACGAAGGAAGUAAAACUUAUUUAAAUGAAGGUUUAGUUAAUUUUGAAAAAAUGAGAAUGCUGUCUCAUACAAUGCGUACGAUGAAAAUUUGUCGUAGUCAACCAUUACAAUUAGAAAUUCCACAAGGUGCAAAAAAUCUGUUCGAAAUUCAAGAAUAUGUUCGUGAAAUGAAUAUUAUCGAUAAUCAACGUAUUCUUAAUCAAUUAUCAAAUAAAUUAGAACCACGACAAGCAUAA